AUGGAGCAUUUCAGAUCUCAGUCAUGCAGAGAUGGCAGAGAUAUGCAGAUUGAAAGCUACAACAACAGUGCAGGAGGAAGACAAGUAGUUCCAACUAGUAUGCAAGAUCUGAGGAGUUACAGUACUAAUCAUGCAUCAAAUCCAGCAGCUAACUAUAAAGAAGUGCAGAUCAAGAAAAGCAAGAACAGUCUCGGGUCAACCGCGAAAACCUGGAGUUUUAAUGAUCCAGAGCUGCAGAGAAAGAAAAGGGUUGCAGGAUACAAGGUUUAUACUGUGGAAGGUAAAGUCAAAGGGUCUUUCAGGAAGAGCUUUAGGUGGAUCAAGGACAUUGUUUAUGGAUGGAGGUGA